UUCCCCCUGUAGAGGGACAGGCCCGACUGAAGGGUGGGGGGGGGGAAGGCUUCUUCGAAGGAGGCUGCUCCCGAGCAGGCGCCGGGCCCCACGCCCACAGAAGGAGGCCCGCGCCCCCGCCCCAGGCAGCCGUCGCACUACCAGAAGGAACAUUGGAGCAGGAGUCCAGGGUCCGGAAGCCAGUGGAACUCCAAUCCGUCUUCACUGUCUGCCCCGUUUUGCGCGUGGCCGAACAGUGCGCGGCGGUGGUGGGGUUAGGGGCGCGAAGCAGCGCUCGUGGCAGGCGCGCGGCUGCGUUCCUACGCCGACGGCGCGGGAGAGAACGGGCGCGGCGAUUUGCGGUCCGCUUGCCUCCCCGCGUCGAACGCGGGCACCGGGAACGGCAGCGCUCCUUUGGACGCGAUGCUCGGCUACACGCAAGAGAGCGUCCCUGGACAAGACUGUCCUUUGGUGCGCGGCUUUCGGGGGGGACAGGCUUGGGAGAAAGGCCUGGUCCAGGGGGCGUGGGCGAGAUCCUCGGGGGACCGCGCCGCGAAAAAAAGUCCAGCGCAGGCAGCAGAGGGGAGGGGCGGGAGAGAAGGGGAGAAAGACUAGGAAGCUGGGUCCAAUAGAUCGGGGCGCCUCCAGAGUGACGUCUGCACUCAUGCGCUGCCCCGCACCAUUUUCCAUCUCCUGUGCACGACCUCCUCUACUGACAGGCACGUCCCAGGCCGCUGCGGAGCGGAACGGGGAGGAGGGAGGGGAGGGCUCCGAGGAGGAGAAGGGCGAUCGAUCCGCUACUCUGGCCAGUCGACCAAUCCUAGUGGCACACCAAAAAAUUGAAAAAACGCACUGAUGCUCGUCCUGCGAAGGCGGCAAGAUGAGAUUGGUGUUCAGUCCGUGUGAAACCGUGAAGCCUCCUUGGGCCAGACAGCCGGCGCAAAUCGUGCUGCACCGCCACCGCCCGAGACGGUCCGGCCCGCCCGUCGCCCGCGGUCUCACUCGCGUAAAAAACGAGCUGGCGCUGAAGCGAAACACCGCCCGCGGAGAGAGAGAGCAGAGCCACAUGCUCAGAGCGCACAGAAGAGAAGGCCGCCAUAAUGCCAACUGGCAAAGUGGGGCGUGGGGGGAGGAGGAGGAGGAAGAAGAGGGGGAGAACGAGGAGGAGAACGAGGAGGAGGACGAGGAGGAGGAGGAGGCAGAGCCUCUCUACGCGACUGUCUAAGUGAGGUGCCUCCGGAAGGGAAGGCCAGGGCUGGCCCUCCAGGCUGCGCACCUGCGGCAAUCUGCGCUGGGCCACCUCAUUCAGGUGCCUUUCCGCCCGCCGCCAGGUCGACAAUCUGCGGGGCUCCCCAUGGGAGCUGCCUACACCCAGCCUGCCCUCCCUGCGCGUCGCCGUC